AUGUCUACUGCAAUUGCUGACUUCGGUUUAAUUGGCUUGGCCGUCAUGGGUCAAAACUUAAUCUUAAACACAGCAGACCAUGGAUUCACAGUCUGUGCUUAUAAUAGAACAUACUCCAAAGUAGAACAUUUCUUAGCUAAUGAAGCAAAAGGCAAAUCUAUUGUCGGAGCCAAAUCUAUUGAAGAGUUCGUUUCUAAAUUGAAAAGACCAAGAAAGAUUAUGUUAUUGGUUAAAGCCGGUAAUCCUGUUGAUGCCUUAAUUAGCGAAUUAAUUACACAUCUGGAAAAGGGAGAUAUUGUUAUUGAUGGUGGUAAUUCUCAUUUCCCAGAUUCAAAUAGACGUUUUGAAGAAUUGAAGGCAAAUGGAAUCCUAUUUGUAGGUUGCGGUGUGUCAGGUGGUGAAGAAGGUGCCAGAUAUGGUCCUUCAUUGAUGCCAGGCGGUGCCGAUGAGGCUUGGCCUCAUAUUAAAGAUCUGCUUCAAUCAAUUGCUGCCAAGUCUGACGGUGAGCCUUGUUGUGACUGGGUAGGACCUGCAGGUUCAGGCCACUAUGUCAAGAUGGUCCAUAAUGGUAUCGAAUAUGGUGAUAUGCAAUUGAUUUCAGAAGCUUAUGAUAUUAUGAAAAGGGUCGGAGGAUUCACCGACAAAGAAAUUAGUGACGUCUUCGCUAAAUGGAAUAAAGGUGUCUUGGAUUCUUUCUUAAUUGAAAUUACGAGAGAUAUCUUAAAAUAUGAUGAUGUCGAUGGCAAACCAUUAGUAGAAAAGAUUUUAGAUUCUGCAGGCCAAAAAGGUACUGGUAAAUGGACUGCUAUGAACGCUUUAGAUUUAGGUAUGCCCGUCACCUUGAUUGGUGAGGCUGUCUUCGCUCGUUGCCUGUCCUCCAUUAAAGAUGAAAGAAUUAGAGCUUCCAAAGUUUUACCUGGGCCAAAGAUCCCCAAGGAUGCCAUCAAAGACAGACAAGAAUUUAUUGAUGAUUUAGAAGAAGCUUUAUAUGCCUCCAAGAUUAUUUCUUACGCUCAAGGCUUUAUGUUAAUUCGUGAAGCUGGUAAGACAUACGGUUGGAAAUUGAACAACCCAGCUAUCGCUUUAAUGUGGAGAGGUGGCUGUAUUAUCAGAUCCGUUUUCUUAGCAGAAAUUACAAAGGCUUUCAGAGAAAAACCGGACUUAGAAAACUUAUUAUUAGAUAAGUUCUUUUUACAUGCUGUGACGAAAGCUCAAUUAGGCUGGAGAAAGACAGUUGCCUUAGCAACUACAUAUGGUAUUCCAACACCAACUUUCUCAACAGCUUUAGCAUUCUACGAUGGUUACAGAUCUGAAAGACUACCAGCUAAUCUACUACAAGCUCAAAGAGAUUUCUUCGGCGCUCAUACUUUCAGAGUCUUACCAGAAUGUGCCUCAGAUAAUUUACCAGAGGAUAAAGAUAUCCAUAUCAACUGGACUGGUCGUGGUGGAAAUGUUUCUUCGUCAACUUAUGAAGCGUGA